GGGAUGCAUGGCCAUCUACUCUGCGUGUGCUUACAUCGUUUCAUUCAUAUAUAACUCUUCCUCUUCUUGUGCCAAUUUUCCAUUUCUCUUGGCCAUCAAAAAGUCGUUUCAUUUCUUCUUGUACUGUACAUUCAUCCAUUUUCACCUUGCCUUCUCAUUCUUCCAAGAACUAAAUCAUCCAUCACAAUGAAGUUUACGCAGGUCGCACUUCCUCUUCUCUUCUCUGGUGCUGCUUUUGCCGCACCAGCAGCCGACAAAACCUUGAAGGCUAGAUCUACUCAAAUCUGUGGUCAAUAUGACAGUGUAGCCACUGGUGCUUAUACCGUUUAUCAAGAUCUUUGGGGUCAAGAUUCAGCAACUUCUGGAUCUCAAUGUUCGACCGUUACUUCCUUGAGUGGUUCCACCAUUGUUUGGUCCACAUCUUGGAGUUGGGCCGGUGCCUCAAGCAGCGUUAAAUCAUACGCAAAUAUUGCUUUGGACUCAGUUGCUAAGACUGGUGUUAAGGUUUCUUCCAUCUCUGCUAUUCCUGCGGUUUGGAAAUGGGGAUACACUGGAUCCUCCAUCGUCGCUGAUGUCUCCUGGGAUAUCUUCACUGCCUCUACCGCCGGAGGAACCAACGAAUAUGAAAUCAUGAUUUGGUUAGCCGCUAUUGGAGGAGCUGGACCAAUUUCUUCCACCGGAUCCCCAAUUGCCACCGCCACCAUUGCUGGUUAUGAAUUCAAGUUGUACUCUGGACCAAACGGAGACACCACAGUUUACUCAUUCGUCGCCUCUUCCGAAGCCACCAACUUCGAUGGUGAUCUCAUGGAUUUCUUGAACUACUUGGCUACCAAUGAAGGAUGGUCUACCAGCCAAUACAUUAACGUAUUGGAAGCUGGAACCGAACCAUUCACUGGUUCCAAUGCCGUCUUCGACGUCACCGCCUACAGUGUCUCAAUCUCUCAGGGAAGUUCUGUCAAAGUUGUUGCUACCUCUUCCAGCACCCCAACCAAAGCCACAUCCACCAUUCAAGCAACCCCUACCACAACCUCCACCAUCAAAGCCACCAGCACAGUCAAGACCACCGUAGCAGCAGUCCCCACCAUCAAAGCCACAUCUACCAAAACCAGUGUUGCUGCUGUUGCCACCAGCACCACUGCUUCUUCUGGUUCUGUUCCUUUGUAUGGUAACUGCACUGGAGGUCUUUCAUGUGCUACCGGUACAUGUGUGGAGCAAAACCCUUGGUACUCCCAGUGUGUUGCUGCUUAAGUAAACAAAGUGAGACUAGGUCUACACAUAGUUUACUAUUUUCGAUAUUAUUUCACUUACACAUUACACAUUCACGUUGUACACUAUACACCUUACAUAUUGUACAUUUCAUAUUACAUAUUUCAUCUUAUGUUGUACACUACACACAUUUUACACUGUACACCACACAUUUUAUAUUGUACACUACACAUUUUAUAUUGUACACUACACACAUUUUAUAUUGUACACUACACACAUCUUACACAUUAUACAUCACCCAACACACAUCACUCAUCAUCCACCACACCCAACACAGCAUUCAACAACACCAGCACCAUCCACCAGCAACACCAACAAUCAACCACCCGGCAUUUCAGAAAAAACCCCCCAUCAGAACUUCAAAGCUAAUAUUUUCGGCCUACAGUAAUCGCGACGAUUAUUCCCUCCUCCUAUCAGAUAAAGAUGUGGGAAAGGAAAAGUCUAGUUGAUGAUGUACACGAGACAAAUUUUGUAUAUAUUUAUUUUCUUGGAUGAGGUGGAUGAUGA